UUGUUGUUUCACGUGGUUUCCGUUCCAUACACGCGUGUCCGCUGCGAACCAGUUGCGUUUGGUGCGUGUGUUUUAGAUUCCGCAAGGGGGCAACCAUGAGCGAUGACGAAGACUGUCCCCCGCUUUGCGAUGCGAUGGAUGCGAGAGACGACUCGAACGGAGAGGAUGAUGAGUGGGAGGUGGCCGAGGAGCAGAACGAUCCGGUCAAGUGUUUGUUUUGUGAAACGAUCUCUCCAACGAUGACGGUGGCCAUUCGGCACGCCAAGCAGCAGCACGAUUUUGAUCUAGCCGGCGUCCGGAGGCGGUUUCAUCUGGAUGAAUAUUCCUACAUCAAGAUGAUCAACUAUAUUCGGCGCGAAAAACCGGCCCCGGAACAGUUCAAAACGGCUGCCGGGAGCAGCUUACCGUGGGCCGACGAUAAGUACCUUCAGCCGGUAGAGAACGAAACGUGGUUAAUGUUCGAUCUGGACGAGCUGGACGAAAUUAUGCUGAACAAUGGCAGCGGCGGCAGCGGCGGUGCUGUUGUGGGUGGCAACGGUGGGGUGUCGGGGGAGAAAGAAACCGGCAGUGACCUCGGUGAUACGAUGACGCUUACCACCGACCAGUACCGAAAAUUGCAGGGCAUCAUUAACGAUCUGUCGGCACAGCUGCGGGAGAAGGAGAAUCUGCUUCAGCAUGCCGCCAGCAGCAUCGAAAAGAUGAAGGAAAGCUUUCGCAACGUGCUGGCGGAUCAACAGCAGCAGCAACCGAACGGGAAGGAAAAUGGGAAAGCCGGUACGGAGGAGGGUGCCGAGGGCGAUAAAAAGCUGGAACAGAUCAAGCGAAAGCUGGAGCAUUGCGUGAGCAGCGUUUCGGUCGAUGACGAUCAGAGCUAUUUCAACACGUACUCACACUUUGGCAUCCAUCACGAUAUGUUGAGCGACGAGGUGCGCACAUCCAGCUACCGCGAUGCGAUCCUGCGGAAUGCCGACAUAGUGAAGGAUAAAACCGUGCUAGAUCUGGGCUGCGGUACGGCCAUCCUGUCGAUGUUUGCAUCGAAGGCGGGAGCGAAGGAGGUCAUCUCGGUCGAUCAGUCCGACAUCAUCUACCAGGCGAUGGACAUUGUGCGGAAGAACAGCAUCGAGAACAUACGGUUCGUGAAGGGCCGGCUGGAGGACACGGAGCUGCCGGUGGAAAAGGUCGACAUUAUCGUGUCCGAGUGGAUGGGCUACUUCCUGCUGUUCGAGGGCAUGAUGGACAGCGUGAUUUAUGCCCGCAAGCAGUACCUGCGCGAGGGUGGCCUCAUAUUGCCGAACCGCUGCAACAUUAGCAUCGCCGGGUACGGCGACCUCGAGCGGCACAACGAGUUCAUCGGCUUCUGGAAGAACGUGUACGGGUUCGAUAUGUCGUGCAUGAAGAAGGAGGUGCUGCGGGAAGCGACGGUCGAGGUGUGCAAACCGGAGCACAUCAUUACGAACGCGAACAUCAUUGCCAACUUCGACCUGAUGGAGGUCGAUGUCGACUGUCCGAACUUUAGCUAUGACUUCGAGCUGAAGGUGAAACGGGACACACAGCUGACCGCCAUCAUCGGAUACUUUGACACGUUCUUCGAGCUGCCGGAGCACAUCGAAUUUUCCACCUCGCCGUACUCGCGGCCGACCCACUGGAAGCAGACCAUUUUCUACCUGGAGGAACCGGUCCCAGUGCGGGAAGGGCAAACGAUCGGCGGGAAGUUUGUGUGCCGCCGGGAUCCGAAGGAUGUGCGCUCACUCUUUAUUAAUAUUGAGCUUUUGAACAUGGUUCUGAAGUAUACACUUAACUAGCAGGUAGGCAUACUGAUACUGAUCAGCUAAGAUGCACAACCGCUCGGGGUACCAGAGCGCGAGCAAGGGGGCGAAGUCACAAACAAGUCAAAUAAAAAUUGCAAUCGCGAAACCACUCCAAUCGGCAUGCCGCGGGAGUUGCGCAGUGGAUGGCGAGGCCGGAAGACAAGAAAGCUUUAAAUUUUCGAUGAUAUACAUUAGUAGAGCCGUUCUGGCCGUACACAUACGUACGGCCUUUCGUACGCAUUUGCCAAUGGUAGUAGUUGUGAGCAAACGGUCGUGUUAUCGUUGCCCUUAACGUUCUAUCGAUGACAGCGAGGGAGCUUCACGCCGUAGUGGGGUGGCACAAAACGGUUGAAGAAGAAAAGAUAAAAAAUACACAGGAACUUAUAGAUUUCAUCCUACAUCAAAUGGCAACACACGAUACACGAAGGUUGUGAAGCGUAAAACAACGGAAACUAUGGUAUAGCAGGUUACUACUACUAGAGCGACAAAUAAUUAAAUUUGUUUUUUUUUUUAUACGAUCCUAACUAUACAUACCCAGCCAGGGCUUACUAGCCGACAAGCAGCACCCACUUACGACCAACACGGCAGCACAGAGUAAGACUAAACUAUCAUUUAUCUUUACACUCUUACACCGUCAGCUCACGUGAGCUACUGGUACCCUCUAUAUCCGAUUCCAAACUAAAGACAAUCCCUAGAAAAGAUAAACUGCAACGAUCAUCUAAUGAUCUAGCCUGGGGUGUAAGCUAGAACCCCCGGCACACUUCACAGGACAGGACAGUGUGUGAACUGCACAAUAUCAGCAAUCAAUGGGCCGCUACGAACAGGAACAGGUUACAGCUUUAAUUUUGAACUAUUAUAAAACUAUUUAAAAUGUUCUUCAAUACAAAAGCCAAUUUAUAUAGAUAUAGCAAGGUCAGUAAGGUCCACGCAAUACGGUUCUGGUUCUGGUGAGCAAGAGCGUUUGGGUACAUUUAAAGCGUAGUGUCGCUUGGGUGGCUCACAGCGUGAUGUGAGUCGAAUUAGAUCGUAUAUAGAACAUUUGGCAUGCUUUAAACGGUUGAGGAACAUUGAUGCAAUUUUUAAAAUUAGAAACCCACAUUCUUAAGCUACAAAGGAAACAGGUACCCGUGUUACAAGCAUUUUUGAAAUAAUAUUAUUCCAAUAGUGAAACAACAUACAAGUUACAUACAUACCAACACAUAAUCAAUGUACUAAGAAAAGAUCCGUAGUGGAAUAUACCUUUAAACCGAAAUCGUGCUAAUUAUAUUGCCCCUUGCUUAACUAGAUAGAAGCAAAAUGAAACAUGCUAAAUGGAAUAUUAAUCCUUUUAUUAGACGCUAAACUCUGAACGUGUUUUUAUAAUACACAAACGUUGGCGCCAGUUUGUAGUGUGCAGUUCGGUAGCGUAGAGAGGUCUCAACCGUACGUUAAACAUCGAAUCUUUAAGCUGUUCCAUGGUCGAGCCGAUCAUUUGCCAGUAACCAUUUGAAGUUUACAAUGUUUACAUUUGUGCUUGAAAAAAAAAAUGUUAAAACUGGAAAAAAUAAAAAGCCAUAUAAAAUUAUAA